AUGACUGAAGCCCCAACGUCUGAAUGGGAAAGGCUAAAGUAUACUCCCAAACCGGGAGAGCCAGAGCUACCCCCUCAGAUAGCUCAGUUUUCCAAUAAAACCACAGAUGAGGUGUUUGCAGAGUUGAAUCGACUACCAUUUUUUAUGACAAAAUUAGAUGAAACAGACGGAGAAGGCGGAGAGAAUGUUGGGGUUGAGGCGUUAAAGUCGUUAGCCUAUGAUGGAAAUCCCCAGGAAAUUGCAACCAAUUUCAAAAAUCAAGGAAAUGAUUGUUACAAAGCAAAGCAAUAUAAGAAUGCUGUAGAGUACUAUACAAAAGCACUAGAAGUAGAUUGUACCGAUCUCACAAUUGUAAAAACCCUCUAUUUGAACCGUGCUGCCUGUAAUUUGGAAUUGAAAAAUUAUCGCCGUUGUAUAGAGGAUUGCAAAAAAGUACUUUCUAUGGAUGCCCUGUCUAUAAAGGCGAUUUAUCGGGCAGGAAAGGCAUUAUUCCUUCUUGCAAACUACGAGGAGGCAAAGUUAUUACUAUCUUAUGGGUUGAAAGUGGCAGAAAAUGAACAAAGCUUGAGAAACUUGCUAGACCAAGUAGAGACAAAGGAAAAAGAGAUUACCAAGUUGAAAGAAUUGGAACAAAAACGGAAGGAGGAAAAACAAUUGCAACAAGUAGUAUUACAAAAUAGUCUUAAGCUAAGGCAAAUUGAGAUAGUAACGACAAAAAAUCCGUUGGAGAUGCUAAAGCAAGCAACGGUGCGCCUUGAAGACCCUGCUGAUUACCAAUCUCAAUUGAUCUUUCCUGCAUUAAUCUUGUACCCGACAAUAGACGAGUUUGACUAUAUUGCUGAAAUCAGUGAACUCUCUACUCCCUUGGAAAUCUUGGAAAUAAUCCUUAACCGGCCCAAGGAAUGGUUUGACGAAAAACACAAGAAUUUUCACGUCAAAACUUUGGACUGUUUUAUGGAAACCGCAGCAGGAGGAUUGGUGAAAGUUGGAAAGAAAAUUGAACUUAACCAAGCCUUAAAGAAAGCCCCUUUAUUUGACAAUGCUUUAAAGUUGUACGUCGUUCCCAAACAAGAUGAAUCAAGCUGGGUAUCAAAGUGGAACAAGGAGACCGCACUAAAUAGUCGUAACAGUUAG